AUGAACUGGGCGUCGCGCACGUGUCGUGCUUGGCGCGGCAGGCGAAGAUUUCCGUCGAGGAGGCAGAGGAGAACAAUUUGGGCUUCAAGGCGUUUGAUGAGAGGUUCAAGCGGUGGUAUGUGUGCGGCCUGUGCGAGCAACACUACCACGGCGUCGUGGCGUGCAAUGAUCGAUGCUAAUGCUCGCACCGGAUCAUCUCGUAAAACGACGAACACGCGGUCGAAGCACUUAUCCGACCUCUUCUUCUCGCACAUCAAACCCUUCUUCGCCGUCAGCUCCCGGCCCAUG